ACAGCCGUUUUCAUUCAUACAGCCGUGAAUGUUGAGAGUCCAAGGUUCAAUGCCUAAGGAGCGAGGCAUAGAUAUGGAUGCCUGGGGCGUGGCGCUAACAUCAAGCGAGAAGCUAACCCCACACCCCCAUUGGGUAUGGCUUUGAUCGGCAGGGCUGCAACUGCAAGGCUGCGAUCACUUUUACAACUUCACAAUCCCUUCAUCUACAACGCCUCUGACCACGACCAUAGAACCCGAAGUUGUAAAGAUGGCCGCGCCUGUGGGAGAGAAGCAGCCAGUACCGUGGAAGGACGCCUAUCUCGAUACUGUGUUCUCGAUUUUCAAAGCGCGCCAACAUCCCUUCGUGCUGGUGGAGGAAGCGGCGCUGGGCUGGAUGGGUCUACGAGUGUCUCCUCGCGAGGAUCUCGACUUGCUGAUCAGAGACUCUGAAAUGCAAGUUAUACAAGCAGACCUUCUCGCAACGGGACAGUUCGAUCUCGUCGAGCAGAACCUCGACCUACGAUUAUCCGACACCUACGCGCAACAAGUUCCUCGACUAAAGCUGAAAACUGACGAUUCCCCAUACAAGUGCAUCAGCCUUUGGAGCGAGCGCGUCUACAUGCUCGACAUUGAUGGCGACAAGAUUGAAGUCCCCGACCCGCAGGCCUGGAACACAGUUAUCAUGGAGGAGCGCUUCGAUAUACACCCGUCAUGGGCCCAAGCACCUUCAAUUGGGUACACGGCGAGAAUAGCCGAUGGUAUCAGGGUUAUACCUUCAAUACUCGCUCAAAGCCCGGAGAUGAAGUAUCCCAUUUACAUUCCAACGAUCCCGCGCAUGCUCAAUGCGCUACUAGAUCAGGCUCGCUAUCGAGUUACGCAUCCCGAGGAAUUUCCUUAUAAGUAUGGCAAUCGGCCAUGGUAUCAUAUAUCAAAUUUUGUCCGGUAUCUUCACCUCGAGAAGCCGCAGCAACGGGAGAGGUUGCUUCCAGAGUUAGCGGACCGCAAUCGGGAAGACAUGGAAGAGAGAAUCAAGAGAUUCAAGAGAAAACCGUUGCUAACGUUGGCCUCUCUUCAAAGUGGGGAGGUGUAACGAUAGGUAAACUUGUGAUCAGAAAUGUCGAUAUUCUGAAGCCACUUAGAGGUAACAUGUGGAUCCGGUUGCUCAACCGCACACCUUCGGGAAGAUCCACCUGAGGCGGAUGGGUUGGGGGAAGAGCCCAAGAGAGAGAAAUGCAACUCAAUGCGAUCCAAGCGGGUUGGCGAGUGCGUUGCGAGCUAAGUGGACUCGUGAGUUUACUACUACGUCUUGCACUUCUACCACAUGAUUUUCCUGCACAGAUCAUAAUCAGGGGAGAAGAGACAACAGUAGAUCAGUCAUUAACACC